GCGGCGCGUAAACUCAACGGUGGUGUUGUUGUUAGCAACCGCCGGCUAAUGUAGUGGGAAAGCUAACGUCAGUCAACCAGAGAGCUAACUGCACACUUUCGUCCGUCUCAUUCGUCGGGACGGAGACGUGCAUUUCACCCACAUUCCGACUCGGUUUGUCUCGUUGUCCUUGUAGCAGGAAAGAUGUCUUCUUACCCGUGUGAUCUAACUCUAGAAAGACAUUUCAAGGGCCACAGGGACAAUGUUACAAGUGUGGACUUCAGCUGCAACAUGAAACAGAUUGCCACAGGCUCUAUGGACGCCUGUGUGAUGAUAUGGAACAUGAAAACUCAGAUGCGAGCGUAUCGUUUUGAGGGACACAAAGACGCUGUCCUCUCUGUUCAGUUCUCUCCGUCUGGCCACUUGGUGGCCUCCGCCUCCAGAGACAAGACCGUUCGUCUUUGGGUGCCGAGCAUGAAGGCUGAGUCAACCGCUUUCAGGGCUCACACGGCCACCGUGCGCAGCGUUAACUUUUCUGGUGAUGGACAGAAUGUGGUCACGGCCUCCGACGACAAGACCAUUAAAGUGUGGACGGUCCACAGGCAAAAGUUUCUCCUCUCUCUCAACCAGCACAUCAACUGGGUCCGCUCUGCCAAAUUUUCUCCAGAUGAUCGCCUGAUUGUGUCGUCCAGUGAUGAUAAGACGAUAAAGCUGUGGGACAAGAAUAGUAGAGAGUGCAUUCAUUCCUUCUAUGAACAUUCUGGUUAUGCAAACUACGUGGACUUCCAUCCAAGUGGAACGUGCAUCGCUGCAGCCUGUACUGACAACUCUGUGAAGGUGUGGGACAUCCGGUCACAUAAGAUGCUGCAGCACUACCAAGUCCACAGCGGUGCGGUGAACAGUUUGUCGUUCCACCCGGCCGGUAAUUUCCUCAUAACUGCGUCGAGCGAUUUCACAAUGAAGAUACUGGACCUUGUGGAGGGCAAGCUGCUGUACACGCUGCACGGACACCAGGGUCGAGUGAGCGGAGUUGCCUUCUCCAGGACCGGGGAGUACUUUGCCUCCGGGGGUUCUGAUGAACAGGUAAUGGUGUGGAAGAGUAACUUUGACUCUGUGGAGGACAGUGACAACGUCAGGCUGCAACAUCAAACUACCUCCAGCUUGCACCCGCUGCCAGUCAGCUGCAAGGCUCAGCCCUCCUUCAGCUCACAUCCGUGUGCGCUCCGCAGCGAGGCUUCUGAACCGUCUGAACAUUUUAAUGGACGGGACUCCCACGCCGCCGCCCACACUCAGAGCGCCAGUCGCAGCGUUAGCCACGGCGCGGCAACUCCUCCCCACACCCACGGACCCCUCGGCAGCACCUCCUCCUCCACCCAGCGGCCUCGGAGCCGCGCUUCGGCGCCGCAUCCCCCCCCCGGAGGAGCCCCCCCCGGUUUAGCCAGCACGCUGGAACACAUCAUAGGCCAGCUGGAUAUUCUCACUCAGACGGUUUCGAUCUUGGAGCGGCGUCUGACGCUGACGGAGGACAAACUCAAGGAGUGUUUGGAGAACCAGAUGGAGAUCGGUCUGCAUCUCCAGAGACCAGAGGAGGCCUAAAGAUGGCGGAGCCGCGGCGCGGGGAGGGGAAACGGGGGGGAGGGGGGUUCGCUGCGACCACAUUAACGGAAACGCGUUUGCAGCACUCGCUGCUGUUGUUGCUGUUGUUGCUGGAUCACACUUCAAAUGUGCAACACUUUCCCCGACCGGACUUGAAGUGCACACGAGCCUCGCUGCUGAUGCACUGUGCCGGCUGGUUGUACAAAGAGAUGCCAGGAGUGAAGGAGUUGAAUAUUAGAGAAGUUGUUAUUCCACAAGAGUGCUGAGGCCGCAGUCCCCUUUUCUGCUGACAAAGGACCCGCUGCUACAAGUCGCUGUGUGUGUGUGUGUGUCUGUGUGUCUAUCUGUGUGUGUGUGUGUGUGCACAUGUGCUAAAGUGUAGACACACGCCAGAGACUCUUUUUUUACUCGCCUUCCCACUGUACGUGUGGGUGUUAUUUUCAUGCACGUGCAGGCUCACGUACAACGGCAUCAGAAGGAAUUGUUGUUGUUGUUGUUGUUUUUAGUCAAAAGGUCCAUAAGUGACACACACUCAUUGUUUUAGACUCACUCAGGCCGGCACAGGAAUCCCUUUCAAAUGUUGCAGAAAGAGGAGGAACAACAGGAAACCCGAGUUUGACCUUAUUCACUGUUCAUGUUUGUUUACUGCGGAUCAUUAGUAGAGGCGCUGCAGGAAGUUGAACUGGUGCAUCCUCAGUAAAUACUCACCAGUGCAGCAAAUGAGCGUUGAGCCCUGGCCUGAAAGUAUUGUAACCAAUGCGCUAUUGUCUCUUCUAUUAAAAUUCGACCUCAC